UUUUUUGUUAAAAAGUAGAAAUAUUUACUAUUUAUGUGAAAAUUAAUUAAAAAUAUCUAUAAAUUAUUAAAAAAUAAUAAAAAAAACCCAAAUUAAUAAAAGCACUGGCCGAUUUUUGUAAAAAAGGCUAAAGUGCAAUUAAGUGUACUGAAGAGAGUGUAAAAAGAAUUCUAGAAGUUUUUUUGUGAGGCGGUCAUGUUCAGCAGACACUCACCCUUGAAACGUAAACACAAUGAAUAUCAUGAUCCAGACUAUCCUCAACAGGAAUCACAAACAGCAGAGGAAGAGGAGGACGAUGAUACACCGGGCUGUAGCACACAUUUUGCAAGUAAGCGAAGAAAGCCCGGCGAGGAGAUUAAAACAGAAAAUGAAGCGCCAAAUGAAAAUUAUUUACAUAAAGUGAGACAGGUCAUAGAAAGAGAAUUCCAAAAAGAGAUUGUCAUGAAACAACAACAAUUGGAAGAAAUUGAUGAAAGAUUAGAAAAGGCUAAACACCUGUUGGAUCGGCUGCGUUAUGGUAUAGUAUCGGCCUAUUAUAAAAAACAAGAAAUACCCCUGACGGCGGCAGAUGCUGCCACCUUACGGGGCCCCAAUUGUCUAUUCGAACGCGAAGAUAAAGGACCACAAAUGCCUUUACAUCCAUCUAUUAAGAAGUUAAUAGGCAAAAAGCCUAAAGAUCUUAGUGAAGUUAUUAGAUCAUGUCCCAAAAGAACGGCGGCUCAAAAUGCUGUGCAAACUAUACGUGCGAAGUCACAACUACAAAAACGUGAAGAAAGAAAACUUAAGCAAAUCAUACGGGAACAAGGCAUUGUUAUAGAUCAUUCAAAACAAAAUUCCACAGAAAAUAAUGUGAGUUCAUUGUUAAAUGCCGCCGCACAGAAUAAUGCAAAUAGUAGUCAAGAUUUAACAGCCACUAGUGUUAAACAAGAGAAGAAAGGCAAGAAUAUUGCUAAUAAGCCUUCUGGAAAAUCUCUCAAUGCUGCUCGCCUUAAUAAUAAGAUUAAACAUUUGAUAGUGGUGGGUAAUACCUCAAAGUAUAUUGGGAAUGAGGUGGAAAGGGAUAUAAAAUCGCAAGCGCAAAAUCUAACUCACAAAUGGUUGGUAUAUGUGCAAUCGAAAGAUUCGACGAAACAACCCAUAGAACAUUUUGUUAAAAAGAUACGUUUUCAUUUGCAUCAUUCCUAUCGUCCCAAUGAUGUAGUCGACAUAGAAACACCUCCCUUCCAAGUGUCGCGACGUGGUUGGGGUGAAUUUCCCAUACGUGUGCAGUUAUUUUUUCAUCCAGAAUUUCAUCAAAAACCAGUACAACUUGUGCAUAAUAUUAUUUUAGAUCAAACCUUGUCUGGUAUACAGACUUUGGGUGCUGAAACUUUACUGGAAAUUUGGUUAAGGGAAGUAAAAUCUACCAGUCCAGUAAAGGAACUUAAACCAGAAACUCAAAUAAUGAAAAAACCUGAAAUUCCCACAAAGCUAAAGACAAGUUUAAUGAGCCGUUCGGAAGAAUUAAUGGAUGACAACUUAUUAGAUUUUCUUAAUAAAAUUGAAGCAUCUCCCUGUUCCAUAAGUGCUGAUAUAGAGAAAAUACAACCUACAGUUGUAGUAACCGAACCAUUGGGAGUUAAACUUAAAACUCCUAGUCCGGAGAAAUGUAAAGCUUUUUCACCAGCUCAACCAAAGUCACCAGUUAAAAUGCCACCUUUGUGUGAAAUAGCAAAAAUACCGGAAAAAUCUAUAGCGAAUAUUACAACUACAACAAAUAUUACCAUAAAAGAACCCGAAAAAACAUUUGCUAAUACCCCAACUGCAAUAAAGAAUACCAAUAUAGAAACGACCAAAAUUCCUGAAAAAUCUUUAGCUAUUACUCCCACCGUAACAAGCAAUACUGUGACGGCAGAAGCACUGCUAAUAGAACAUAAAUCUUUAGCACUUACCCCUACCACAACCAGCAAUACUAUAACUGUUUCAGCUCCACCCUUAACAACUGUAGCUGCAGCAGGAGAAUUUAAAACACCCAUAUUUACCAAUGGCGCUUUAACCACAAAACCUAUGACUACUUUUGUUCGAUUACCCCACAGCUCGACACAAGUUAGAUUCAUCAAUACAACAACGACAGUUUCAAAUAACAUACCACCACCUCUCAGACCCUUAACACCUACACCGCUAACCACAACAAUUCCCCCUCAAGUUAUAGGCUCAACAAUAACACAAAAAUCUUCUUUGGUUCUAAAUAAAGAUGGUAAAAUACUCAUGCCGGCGGCCUCGGUUGCCUCAGCUGUACGUAGAACUAUAUUACCUAUUGUUAAUAGCAGUUCAACCUCCAAUAUCCCAUCGAAAACAUCACAAUUUAUGAAUGCAAAUAGGCCGAAUCCAACAUCGUUGUCUUCGGCGGCUCCCAAGCAAAUUUUACAAAAGAAAUUGGUUCAAUUGGUCGAUUCAACGGGUAAAGUUAAAUAUAUUCAAAUGUUAGUUGCGGCCAGUUCUGCUUCGUCUAGUGUACAUAAUUUGAGUACAUCAUCGGUAGCACCGAAACUUAUAUCGAUGGCUCCAAGUUUAGUGAAAAAUAAUACAGUCACAAAUACAACACAAAUCACAAAUACCGUUACUACGCCAUUGCUAAGAUCACCAAAUGGUGCACAACUGAUGCCGGCCAUGACAAUGAAACCAAAUAUUUUUAAAAUUGUACCUGAAAGUAUGCAAACAAAACCACAAAUUCUAACAUUUAGCACAACAACAGUUGUGGCUACGAAUACAAACACCGUAACAACUGCACACAAUCAACAGCAGCAGCAACACAAUCAGCAAUUGCAACAUUCAAUUGCAACAAGUACACGAACGAUGGGACAAAUAUCAACUCCAUCUACAAUGAGGCCCCAUAGUAAUAAUGGGCUGAAAUUACCAGUAGCAAAUAAAUUACAAAAACCCAAUGGUACUAAUCCCUCAAUGAAUGCCACUAAAAAUUUGGUAUUCCAAAAAGAAGGUAAAUUGUAUAUAAUCGAUCCACAGCAAAUGAAAUACAAACAGCAGCAGAAGAAACAAGUUUCACUGCUGAAACCACAAAUAAGUUUGCUGAAACAACAGCAGCAACAAAAACUUAAUAAUACUCCCCUAACACCACCAGCCACAGCAGUCAAUUCCUUGAUAGACACUAAGCCAACAACUACGCCAACACAAUUAACGAAUAACACUACGAUUGUGCCACAGGUUCACUUUGGCCUUAAACAGCAACGUAUUAACUCUAUUAAUGCUCUGCAGCUAAUACAAAUGAAACGUGUUUUAUUUGAGAAACAAUUUCUGCGUCAAGAGUUUACAACUGUACGUUCAGCCGUUGAAUUUCUCUUAAGAAGAUUAAAGUUAGUAGUCUCUAAAGAUUCUUUAGUAGCUGUCUUUCCCUUUGUCUGUCAUACGCUGCAAGAAUUUCAUUCACUUACCGCCUUUAAACAACGAGCCUGUGAGUGGUUAAGAGCCAAAAAUAUUUCGCGUUUGAUACGUAAUCACAAAGACUUGCAGCGUCUAAAUAACACCUCUAAGGAAACAUUUUGGUCUACUAAAGAAAUUGCUAUAUUUGCCCGACAAUAUGCCUAUACACCUCCCAUUAAAUCAUUACCCAAGCCGGGUGAACAACAAGAAGCGGAGGGAAACAAUAAAAAAGAUUUGAUGGAUCUGGUUAAGAGUGAAUUGAAACAAGAACAUAAUCUACAAUACGACACUCUAACCGAUCAUCAGAAAGUAAGUAAAUGGGUAGAUAAAGUGUGGCAUACUUUGGAGGAAUUUGAAUAUCAUGAAGAUCAACAUCAGUUAAUAGACAUCGAUGGCAUAACUGAGGAAGAACCGAAGAAUAAUAAGAGAAACUCUUCUUUAAAUCAUAAUACUUCUAAUAUUUUACCUAGUGCCUCUACUUUGGACACUUAUUUAACACCUCCUUCUCACUUAGAACAUCAGUGUCAAUUGGUUUCUGAUAUUUGUAAAGAUUUACACAUAAAACUCAAUCACGAAGAAUUGGAUACAAAGAUUUAUCAUCCCUCGACCCAGACGGUGUUAGCUCAAUGUCUGCAUUUGUUUAUCGAAAAACUUUUACGUCAAUCUAUAGCUGAAAAACAGGAGAAAUCGUCAACGCCCUCUACUUUAGAAACCAUAUGUACUCUAAUGCCCCAAGAUUUGGCUAAGGUUUUAGCCACUAAUAGCGAAUUUGAUUUUCUUACCAAUAAUAAUUUUGGUAGUGCCUCCUUGGCGGAGUGCUUAGAAUCCGCCAUUAAACAAGAGAAAUCUUGAUUGUUUUUAAUCGUUUAUAAGUUUCAACCUUUUAGCGCCUUUUUUCAUUUUAUAUCAUUAGUUCUCUUUUCAAAAGUAUCUUUCUCUUAAACAUUUCUAAAAAAAAUUAUGUACUCAUUUUGAAAAUCAAGAAUUUCUUUUAAAACUGACUUCGAAAAUUUUGUUUUUAAAAUAUAUUUUUUUGUAUGAUAUAGUUAAUAGUUGACAUAGUCGUUAGCUAAAUAAUAAGAAAAACAUAUUAUAUUUUAAAAAAAUAUUGUAAUUUAAUUGUUGUAAGUUGUA